AUGGUAAAGAUGGACCAAUUGAGUUACUCUGACAGUAAAACCAUUAAACAACAUAUAAUGCUUCCCCAACUUCCACCAAAACCAGAAACUCUGUCUCCACUCCCCGCUGAAAAGCAGGGGAUUUCUGCGGACCACUGUGAGAUAAUCACCAAUAUCCCCCCAGAUCUCCCAUUCCCUACACUACAUCCGGAAUAUGCAACAGACUUUUUCAAGAACAAGUAUGGCGGUGCACUGCCUAGUGUUCCAAUGCCAGACUAUAUUGAAUGGCUACCCAACCCGAAAAUUAAAGAAUUUCUGAACAAUCAGAGGUUACUUGAUGGAUAUAUUCGUGAGAUAUACCGUCCAGAGUUCCAAGAAAUAGAAGAACAUAUCAAUCAAAUUGGAGUGCAACAGAAGGAAGCUGCUGCUAAAAUCCUAGAAAAAUAUAUUGAACCUGAGACGGGGAUAUUGGCCGUUCUGCGGGAAAAUGAAAGUAAGAUCUGUGAGUAUCAUGAUAAACUAAAGGAAUUUGAUCAAGCUCAAAUUGAAAUGUACGAGUCAUUGCAAGAACUCUCGAAAUCAGGUAUCUUAGAGAUCUAUCAAAAAAGAAUACAUGACAAUGAACGUGAGUGUCAAAAUAUUUUAAAAAAAAUCGAUAAAGAUGAAAAGUUAACGGAUUCACAACUCCAAGAACUAUUAUCAGAAUAUGGACAUAUCCGUGAGAAGUGGCACUUAAACAACCUUUACGUGUCCAGCAUAAGGAGCGGCAAAAUAAAAGGUUUGUGA